AUGUCUCUGAGCACGACUACAGACCAGCAAACUGAGGGACCUCCCCGGUGGAAAAUCAUUGCGUCCCGCAAACAAGCUGAACGACGCAAGGCUCUCGACUCAGCAGCCAUGAUGUCACUGGGCAAGUCCAUACCGCUACUGCCCCCGUCCUCUGCCAAGGAUGUGCGGAAUUGGCUCAUCACAAGCGGCGACUCGACGACGCAGCAAAUUGCCAUCACGGAGUCCCUUCCCAGCAAUAUCUUGAAGAAGCUGGCCGUUGGAGAUUGGACCGCUGGAGAGGUACUACUGGCCUUUGUAGCUCGCGCUGCCAUAACUCAACACCUCACUAACCCACUGACGGACAUCUUUGUGGAAGCAGGUCUGGCCAAAGCGCGCGAACUUAACGAGCAUCUGAAAAAAGCCGGUAGACCUGUUGGACCACUCCAUGGGCUACCAAUAAGUCUGAAGGAUGUCAUGAAUGUCAAAGGACACGCUACAACUUACGGCUUCGUGGCUUUAGCGGAGGAGCUGAUGGAGGACUCGGAUGACAUUGUCACCCAGAUGGCCAAUGCCGGGGCUGUCUUCUAUUGCAAGACCAACGUGCACCAGACACUGAUGUCGGGUGAAUGCUCCCUGGUCGCCCUGGGAGGCAGCCCUAUUGGUAUUGGUACGGACAUCGGAGGGCCGAUUCGCACUCCUGCCAACUUCAACGGCGUAUACGGCAUUUGCCCAUCCCAGGGACGACUUCCUCUCCACUCAGUGAAGCUCACCAACCCAACAUAUCUAAUUGCCGGCGUUGCCGGCCCAAUAUCGAGGUCUAUUGAUGGACUGGAGGACUUCUCUUGGGUCAAGCUGCCUUGGAACCAAAUGGUUUACAGCGAUACGAGAGCCAGAGGAGCUGCACGUCAACUCACUUUUGGAUUUACUGCCCACGACGGCGUCGUGCGGCCUCAUCCACCGACCGAGCGUGGUAUGAAUGAAGUCAAAGACGCCUUGAGGCGCGACGGCUUCGAGGUGCUAGAUGUCGACUUUUUCGACGGCACCGAAGGCCUCAUGGAGACGGCAAUCAAAACGUUCAGCUGUACCGGAGGCCAGCCCACCCGAGAGCUUCUUGAACGACUGCCCGAGCCACUCAUCAAAGAGGUGUUGUUGGGCUCUCAAGAGGACGCAUUGAGUGCACGAGAGCUACUCAACGUCGGAAAAGAAGUGUACAAUCUACGUCAGAGCUUCCUAGAGAAGUGGAACAACACAAAGUACCUCACGGCGAGUGGACAGCCGGUGGACGUUUUCAUCCUUCCUUCUGGCGGCCACGUGGCCCCUCCUCAUAGUACGAUGGAAUAUCUGCUCUACGAGGCCAUUUCAAACAUUCUUGACUGGACUUGCGCCACGAUUCCUGUUGACCGAGUAGACCCUGCCCUUGAUCCCAAGCCAGGUGGUCAUCUGGGGGUUCAUCGCGACUCUUCGCAUGGAAAAGUUCCAAUGGGUUUUUUUGGGUACAGGUAA